AUGUUAGAAAAAACAUCUAAUACAGAUAACAAUCAGUUAUCUAAAGAAGAUUAUUUAAUUAUGCGUGCGAAAGAUGCAUUGCCAAUUGACAUUUAUGCGGCUAAAUCUUGGUUGAUUACUGCUAAAUCGUUGUUUCCUCAUAGUGCUAAAGUUCAGAUUUCAGAAUUUUCCAGACGAUCGUGAUAUAUGGAAAGAAAUAGAAACGGUAACAGCCUGUCUUCGUUUGGAACAAUGUGAUGCUGAAGCAGAAUUUUUAUGUCAAAUGUUUCAACAUAUACCACAAGAACUUCAACACAGAUUGCUUAUUAUGACUGCUGAUCAUAGCGAAGAUACAAUGGAGCAUUGUAAAUUAUUACUUCUUUUAUUACGUAAAUUCCCUCAAACUAUUGCCACUCAUGGACCUCGCUUAGUAGAAACUCUUCUUACUGCAGAGAAACAUAGUCACCCAGGACGUACAGUAAAUGGAUACAGAAAAUUAUUGGCCUGUGAUGCAUUACCUCUCCUUGGUACUGCACAGGUAGAAUUGAACCCAAGGCUUAGCUUGAGAUUACUUUGUAAGGCAGUAGAAUUUUAUUUGGCAUACAUACAACAACCACAACAACCACAAGACAAUCAAAUUCAAAAUCCCUGGGAUAGAUUAUUUCAAGUUGUUGAAUUAAUAGGAAAAAAAUUGGGAUGGGAAUUAAGUAAUUUAUUUUGUAUGGCUUGGAACAGAGAAGCAUAUUGUGAAAGAUUGCACCAGUAUGCCAUUGCACAUUCUGGUAAUUUAUGUGAAGAAUUGACAGUUAGACAACUAUUAAUGUGUACUAUUGCAGUAUUAUUGAGGAUAUUAAAUGAACAUAAUGCAUUAACUAAUAAUGACGAAAUUAUGUACUGUUUGGUAGAAGCAUUUGGAGAAUGUAUACACACACCUACAGAAAAAUUGAAAAAACGGAAAAGAGAAGAUAAUGGUGGGAUUAUACUAACCAGUGAUGGUGAUUAUAGUGGUAAUGGAUUGGCAUUAGCUGUGAAGUUAUGGGACUUGUUACAUAGUAAUGAUUAUUUACAAAGAGAAAUUGGAAAACUAAAUCAACAACUUCGAUUAGAUUCAUGGCUAAAUUCAUUUCUAACAGAUUUGGCUAUGUAUAAAGGUUUACAUCAUGAAGUGUUAACGAGAUUAUCUCAAGAAGCUAUUGUUAGUUUAUCUGUUCAUCUUCGCUUAGCAAGUACAUGUUUUUUCUUAAAAGAUUAUAAGGGAAUGUUAGAAUAUAUAGUUUUAGCAGUUACCACAUUACCUUCGGCUUGUGGUAGUGUAUCUCAUAAUUUAACUGUUCCAUGUGGAAGACAUUUACAUUAUUUAACAUUGGCACGUUUUCCUGUUAUACAAUAUUGUUGCAGAUUACUUUUUUUAGCAAUAAAGGAAAAUUUUUCUUUACCCGGUGGGGUUGGAGACUUGGCUAUAGGACAUGCAUUAGUUUUAAUGCAAAUUGAUUGGCCACAGGAAGCUAGUACUUUAUCCAUAAUUACAGAAAGGAUUAUUAAUCGUGGAUCUUUCUCUUACCCAUUAUUUCAAGCUUAUAUUAUAUGUGUAGAUAUUUUAGAAGAAUUAACAUAUCUAUGGACCGAACAUGGUGGUGGUAUAUCUUUAGAUAUAGCCACAGGAUCAGGGGUUCUACAAAAUCGACGUAUUACCACUCGUGGAGCAGAUAAAGGAGUGCGCGAAGAAGUAAAACAAGCAAUGCGCCGACAAGCAGCUCGAGACGGCAUCGAUCCGUUAGAUGAAUUGUUACAAAAGUUUAUUAUCAAUGAAAAAACAGCCAUACUACAUAGUUUAAUUAUUCAAUAAAUCAAUUUAACAUUAUUUUUCAUUGCUGAAUUUAAUAUAUGAUUUUAAUAAAAUUAUUAUAUAAUUUUUUUAUUUUAAAAUAUACAUAUGAUUUUCUUAAAUCAAUAUUUUAUGUACAGAUAUUUAA